GCGCAGCAGCCAUGAGAGGACCCGCACUGGGCUUUUGCGUGAUCGGAGGAUUAGGUGCAGCUUUCCACAGAGCGCAGUGACAGACAGCGGCAUCACCAGCAGCGAAAAGUUGGACUGGAAGUGGCUCCACACGUUCAAGUGAGGGAAACUGAUGCGCGUAAAGAAGGGAUGCCAGCCAGGCGUGGCUUGUGUUUGAACAUCCAAUGUGAGAAUGCGUGGGGAGUAUGUAUAUAAUAAGGGUCUUUCCAUCUGAUGAACAGAGAUAUCAAACUGAUGAUUAAAGCAGAGGACGAUCAAUAAACGCAAGAGGACUGAUUCGGAGGAGCAGCGGCGCGCCGGGUGUCCCUUUGGCUUCGUGCGUGCAUGAACCGGACUUGCGUCAAACUUUUCUCCCGCUUCGAGUCGCCCAAACCUUUUAAAUGCCGUCGCUUAAUCUGACAGCUGUGCACACCAUGGCGGAGGUCGGGAGCUUUCUGGGGACAGUCGACUUGGAUUUACAAACCUUUCCUUCGGUCGGGAUAGUGCCCGUGGUGGAGGCUCCGGUGGGGCUGAAUGAGCGGCUGGGGCAGAUCGAGGGGAGGCUGCAGCGGGGGUCGCCGACGGAUUUCGGGCACCUCAAGGGGAUCCUGAGGCGGCGGCAGCUCUACUGCAGGACCGGCUUCCAGCUGGAGAUAUUCCCCAACGGCACCGUGCACGGGACACGACAGGACCACAGCAGAUUCGGUAUCCUGGAGUUCAUCAGCCUGGCAGUGGGUCUGGUCAGCAUCAGAGGGGUCGAUGCUGGACUCUACCUCGGCAUGAAUGAAAAAGGAGAGCUCUUUGGGUCGAAGAAGCUGACGGCAGAAUGUGUGUUCAGGGAUCAGUUUGAGGAGAACUGGUACAACACCUACUCUUCAACUCUGUACAAGCACACGGACACGGGGCGCUUCUACUACGUGGCCUUGAACAAGGACGGCUCGCCCAGGGAGGGCAACAGGACUAAGAAACACCAGAAACUCACCCACUUCUUACCCAGGCCGGUGGAGAUUGAAAAGAUCCCGCAGGCCUACAGAGACUUAUUCCAGUACAGGUGACCAGAGCUGGUUCCACCGGGAGGAACAGAAGUAAACGAGGAGGAGAGGGGGGGUGUUGUGGAUAUUUUGGACCCGGUACAGAACUGUUCACCCUCAACACCCGCUGAGGUCACUACGUUUACGCCUCAGCCCACUACAAAGCACAUACGGCACUGACAUAAACUUUGUGCCAAUCCUGGAUGUCGCUUCUUUGCUUCGGUAGUGGACUUGCGACGCCGGCGAGGACAGAGAGUCGUCGUGUAAAACCACUACGGACAUGGGGACAAAUGUGGCCCACAUGACUGCCCAGCUGUGGGGCAAUCAGGUGCCACGCUUCUCUAAAUAACCACUUUUUUUUGUUUUUUAAAGGUAAAUGCAUAGAUACUGAAAGGGCGUGCAGUGACGAAUGGAGCCGCGAGGCACAUAACCUUGGGGGGGGGGGGGGAGAACCAAAAGUUGGUAUGAGAAGGCAGGACAGAUACUUAGCUGCAGAAAGGAAACAGAAAGCACUGCAGAUGAAACAUGGCCCGUUUGUCAUGCUCUGUACGCAGUCAUGGUAAAUGUAAGCGAGGGCACAUUCCACAAACACAGAGAUGGAUGGAUAGACGGAGCGUGGCAGGUUUGGAUGGUCGGGCACCAGAGCGAACGGGAGCAAACUGUUACAACGGGAGCUUUUAUUGAGUUGUCCUCAAAAAUCAAAGAUGAAAGCGGGGACGUAAAAUCUCUGAUGAAUGUGUGACAGAUGAAAAGAGCACUUACUGCACAUCCCCAGUUCCCAGCUGCAGGCCCGCUCGGUCUCCCAUGCAAUCAUCAGUCUAACGAUCGCAUUCAUCACGUUUAGAUAAAGCACGGAGCGGCGUCUUGUAGGAGUUGUAUGCGGAACAAACGAUGAGGCUCGGGACAAAAGCACUUCUCUGACUGUGGUUGAAAAGAAUGACAGAUGAGGGGGGUGGUGGGGGGGGGGGUCUGUGACUUGUAAUGUUCGGAGUGUCAGGAACAUUAUUAAAAACGCAAGCAGCUGAGGUGUACAUAUGGGUGAUCCUAUUUAUGAGAUGUACAAUAUAUUUAUUUUCUACCUAUAAAGUAUAAAUAUAAAUCUAUAUAUUUAUUUAUUGCAAAGACUUUAUUUUGUAAUGAACUUGAAGUUAUCUGGACGGUUAGAUUCUACUGAAAUUACACCAAAAUCAAAAAAAUCAAAAAAAAAAUGUUAUGAAGAACUGCAAUGAAAAUGACAAUAAAAUUGU